GUUAAUACUACAACAAUGAUAAACGGCCAAGGUAUAUACAACACUUUGUCAGCUCUUGUGCCACUAUAUGUGCCGAUGAUUCUAGCCUAUGGCUCCGUCCAGUGGUGGAAGAUCAUCACGCCGGAACAAUGCUCUGGCAUAAACCGCUUCGUGGCAUUUUUCGCCUCUCCUUUCCUUAACUUCUAUUUCCUAGCUACCAACAACCCUUACACUAUGAACUUGAGGUUCAUAGCCGCUGACACGCUUCAGAAAUUGGUGAUUCUGGGUGCUCUUUUUAUAUGGUCCGUCUUCACGAAAUAUGGCAGCAUCGACUGGACCAUCACCCUCUUCUCACUUUGUACGCUGCCCAACACGGUGGUCGUGGGUGCAACGCUUCUAACGGCCAUGUACGGAGACUCAUCAGCCAUCCUCAUGAGUCACAUUUUCAUCAUGCAGGGUGUGGUCUGGUUCACUCUCAUGCUGUUCUUGUACGAAUACAGAGGUGCCAGAAGCCUUAUUUCGAUGCAGUUCCCUGAGAACGGUGGCUCCAUCGUCUCCUUCACCAUUGACUCUGAUGUUCUCUCGCUUUGCGACAACGAGCCGCUGCAAACUGAAGCGGAAAUGGGAGAAAAUGGAGAGGUUCAUGUGGUGGUGAAGAGCCCUUCCUUCAACAAGCCUUGUAACUGCUCAACGUCAAAUCGUCGUGGAACACAGAUUUUGUCCAUGCAAAGAUCUUUGAGUUUUAACACCACACGUGAUCUUCGAGGCCAGGAUUUUGAAAGAGCAAUCUUCGAGAUCAACGACGAAAACAUGUGGAAGGACACUAUUCGCAACCAAGUGAAACAUGAGUCAAUUGUGACGAUGAUUAAUCAUAUUGAAGCAAUCGAAAACAAAAAGGUUGAAGACACUUUAAGCGAAAAGUCGAAAGAGGUGAAAAUUGAAGAAGGAGGUGCAUACAAUAAAAAGCAGCAAAUGCCACGCACUAGUGUCAUGACAAGGCUCAUUCUCACCAUGGUUUGGAGGAAUCUAAUAAGAAACCCUAAUACCUACGCUUGUGCUCUUGGAUUCAUAUGGUCUCUCAUAUCAUUUAGGUGGAAUAUAAAGAUUCCUUUGAUCGUAGAUGGUUCGAUUUUAAUAUUGUCCAAAACAGGGACAGGAAUGGCCAUGUUCAGCAUAGGUUUGUACAUGGCAUUACAACCGAAACUGGUUGCUUGUGGAAACACUUGGGCAAUAGUAUCAAUGGUGGCCCGAUUCGUCGUUGGUCCCACAGUUAUUGCUGUCACAGCCAUAUCCAUCGGUAUCCGAGGAGUUCUUUUACGUAUUGCUAUUAUUCAAGCUGCUCUUCCCCAAUCUAUUAUCACUUUUGUAUUUUCCAAACAGUACAAUCUACACACAGACAUUAUAAGCACUGCGUAA